CUAGCCUAUAUAUUGUAGGACACCAAGUACCAACGCCAGUAGAGCAGUAGUCAUCAUGCUGGGCUCCCUAAUUCUCCUGUGGAUAAUCUUCAUCCUCCUCUUCUUUCUCUUCAGAAAUCAGAGGCCCAAAAACUUCCCCCCUGGACCUCCGCUCAUCCCGUUAUUCGGAAGCCUGCCUUACCUGGACCUUGUCAAUCCUCUCAAUGACCUCAGGACGCUGUCGGAGCGCUAUGGGAAGAUCUACAGUAUCUACUUCGGGAGCCACAAAGCUGUGGUGCUGAAUGGGAUGCAGGCGAUCAAGGAAGGGCUGGUCACUCACUCAGCGGAAAAUUCUGGAAGACCUACAGGCUUUAUGAUAAACGAUAUAACAGAGGGGAAAGGCAUCGCCCUGAAUUACGGGCCAGUGUGGAAGAUGCACCGGCGAUUUGCCCUAAUGACUCUGCGGAACUUUGGCAUGGGAAAACAUUCUAUGGAGGCCAGGAUUCUGAGAGAGACUUCCUACCUCACCUCAUAUCUGGAAAAGAAUGCUGGCAAAAUAGACCCCCAGAUCCUUUUCCACAAAGCCACAUCCAACAUCAUUUGCUCCGUCCUCUAUGGGACUAGAUACGACUACGAGGACAAGUUUCUAGAGCUAAUCGUCUGCUGCAUCACUCGGAACAACAAGAUCUUCAACAGUUGUUGGACCAUGAUCUAUGAUUCAUUACCCCUGCUGAGGUUCCUGCCCCUGCCCUGCCUGAAGGCCUAUGAGAACUACAAAAUCCUAAAAGAAGCUGCAGCAGCUCAGGUGUCCCAACACAAGAAGUCCUGGGUGCAGGGAAAGCCCCGGGACCUUGUUGACUGCUACCUUGAUGAAAUUGAAAAGAGGAAAGACGAUGGCUUCUCCUUCAAUGAAAGCCAGCUGUUAAUUGUUCUGCUGGACCUCCAGAUGGCUGGAACAGACACCACUGCCAACACACUCCUCACAGCCUUUCUGUACCUCAUGACUCACCCAGAUGUUCAGGAGAGGUGUCAGAAGGAGAUCGACGAGGUGCUUGGGGAGAAGGAGCAGGCCUCUUUCGAGGACAGACUCAUGAUGCCCUACACACAGGCCAUGAUCCAUGAGGUUCAACGAGUUGCCGAUACAGUGCCACUCAGCAUCUUCCACACUGCCACCGAAGACACACGGGUGAUGGGCUACGAUAUCCCCAAGGGCACCCUCAUUAUCCCCAACCUCACCUCUGUGCUGAGUGAGGAAACCCAGUGGAAGUUUCCUCACGACUUCAACCCCUCUAACUUCCUAAACGAUGAGGGAGAAUUUGUGAAGCCAGAGGCCUUCAUCCCCUUCUCUGCAGGGCCUCGGUUGUGUCCUGGAGAGGGUCUCACACGCAUGGAGCUCUUCCUGAUUCUGGUGACGCUGCUACGCCGCUUCGAGUUCAUCUGGCCUAAGGACGCCGGGGUGCCAGACUACACCCUCACUUUUGGAUUUACCCAGACACCCAAACCCUUCAGAAUGGAUGUCAGACUGAGGGCAAACUAUGGUGCAAAGACCAACAGAGCAGAAGUGACCAUGCUGGGCUCUGUGAUUCUCCUAUGGAUCGGCUUUGGCCUCCUCUUCCUCCUCUUCAGAACUAGGAGGCCCAAAAACUUCCCCCCUGGACCUCGGCCAGUCCCAAUAUUUGGAAACCUGCUGCAGCUGAACAUGGCCAAUCCUCUCAACGAUCUCAGAAAGCUGUCGGAGCGCUAUGGGAAGGUCUACAGCAUCUAUAUUGGGAGCAUGCCAGCUGUGGUGCUCAAUGGUCUGCAGGCAAUGAAGGAAGCACUGGUCACUCAGUCUGUGGAGUUUGCUGGACGACCUGAAGACCUUAUGGUAAAUCACCUAUCAGAGAGCAAAGGGAUUGUCUUGACUAACGGGGCUAUGUGGAAGGAGCACCGGAGAUUCGCCCUAACAACCCUACGGAACUUUGGCCUGGGGAAACGAUCCAUGGAGGAGAGGAUUCUGGGAGAGAUUUCCUACAUAGCCUCGCAUUUGGAAAAUAAUGCAGGUAAAGCUAUCGACUCACAGAUCCUGUUCCACACGGCCUCAUUCAACAUCAUCUGCACUGUCCUGUUUGGGACUCGAUACAAACAUGAAGAUGAGUUUCUCCAGAGCACCAUCCGCCGCAUCACGGAAAUCACAAAGAUUCUCAAUGGCCCCUGGUCUAUGAUUUAUGAAAUGUUGCCCGUGCUGAGGCACCUCCCCCUGCCCUUCCAGAAGGCCUUUCAGAACGUGAACAUGGUCAGAAAGUCACUGGCAGACCAGGUAUCCCAACACAAGGAGUCUUGGGUACCAGGAGAGCCACGGGAUCUAACAGACUGCUACCUUGAUGAAAUGGACAAGAGAGGGGACGAUGGCUCUUCCUUCAAUGAAAAACAGCAAAUCAUUUAUCUGCUGGACCUCCUCUUUGCUGGAACAGACACCACUGCCAACACACUCCUCACAGCCUUUCUGUACCUCAUGACUCACCCAGAUGUUCAGGAGAGGUGUCAGAAGGAGAUCGAUGAGGUGCUUGGGGAGAAGGAGCAGGCCUCUUAUGAGGACAGACACAAGAUGCCCUACACACAGGCCAUGAUCCACGAGGCUCAGCGAGUCGCAGACACGGUGCCGCUCAGCGUCUUCCACACCACCACCAAAGACACACGACUGAUGGGCUACCAUAUACCCAAGGGAACCGUCAUCAUUCCCAACCUGUCCUCUGUGCUGAGUGAGGAAAGCCAGUGGAAGUUUCCAAAGGAAUUCAACCCCUCCAACUUCCUAAACGAUCAAGGAGAGUUUGUGAAGCCAGAAGCCUUCAUGCCCUUCUCGACAGGGUCUCGGGUGUGUCUGGGAGAGGGUCUCGCUCGCAUGGAGCUCUUCCUGAUUCUUGUGACACUGCUACGCCGCUUCAAGUUUGUCUGGCCUGAAGACGGGGGGGUGCCUGACUACACCCUCAUUUAUGGUCUCACUCAAACACCCAAACCCUACAGACUGGGUGUCAGACUAAGAGACAGUUAAGAUUUUACAUUAGGCACCGGUGGGGUUGGGCCUCACCAGCAGAUGGCGCUGUAGUGCACAAUGCAUGGAAAUGCAUAUCUAAUAAAUCAAAUAGCGAAAUAGUGCAAAAACUUGUUCAAUGAAGUAAACUCAUAAAAAAGUCACAAUUAUAAGGGUGCUGCUUGGAGCCAUUUCCCUUGGAAAACACAGCUUAUUGUGCGUGUGUACAUCCAGAGCUGCAUUGACAGCAGGCUAUCUUUUGUUGCGUGUGAUGGGGCCAGUAGCUUUUCAGCCACAUAGAGCUGUUGUGUGAACAAGCAAAUUAACUCCUUGCAUAAAUACCCAGUUCGAAAAUUCAUGUUUAGCUUGGCGGGCAAGCCAUUGUAAAUGAAAGGACUGCUGAAGUGGAGAUUUUGCCUGGCAACUUGUGGUUAAACACGUAAUUUAAAAAAUGUAAUGCCAGCAUUUUGCCUUGAAAUUAAAUGUCUGGGUCCACAUAG